GCCUAGAUUUUCAAAUGCUUAGGCGCUAGAAGCUGGGAAGACUGAAAGCUAGGGUUUUUGCGAGCUUGGAAGCAUGGAGGCAGUGGUGGUCGACGCUGGUUCCAAGCUUCUCAAAGCUGGAUUCGCUGUUCCAGAUCAGGCUCCUUCCAUGAUAAUUCCUACCCAAAUGAAACGCACACUUGAAGAUGGACCCUUGACAGACAGUUCGUUAUUUGAGGACAUUACUGUUGAUCCAGUUGUGCGAGGUUUUAUUAGAGAUUGGGAUGCCAUGGAAGAUUUAUUGAAUCAUGUUCUCUACACUGGCCUCGGAUGGGAAAUGGGCAAUGAAGGACAGAUUUUAUUUACAGACCCACUUUCAACUCCCAAGGCUUUCAGGGAACAAUUGGUGCAAUUGAUGUUUGAAACAUUUAAUAUCUCCGGCUUUUAUGCAUCAGAGCAAGCAGUAUUAUCACUUUAUGCUGUUGGACGAAUCUCAGGCUGCACUGUUGAUAUUGGUCAUGGGAAGAUAGAUAUUGCACCAGUAAUUGAAGGUGCAGUUCAGCACAUUGCCUCGAGAAGAUUUGAAAUUGGAGGUGUUGAUUUGACAAAGUUGCUUGCUCAGGAACUUGGUAAAUCCAACCCAACAGUGAAUCUCAGCAUAACUGACGUUGAGAGGUUAAAAGAGCAAUAUUCAUGUUGUGCUGAAGAUGAACUUGCUUAUGAGAAGAUCCAACGAUCAUGCCAGAGAGAGCAACAUACCCUGCCUGAUGGACAGGUGAUAAAUAUUGGAAGGGAGCGAUAUACUGUUGGUGAGGCUUUAUUUCAGCCAUCUAUAUUGGGUCUAGAAGCACAUGGAAUUGUUGAGCAGCUUGUUCGUAGUAUCUCAACCGUGUCAUCUGAGAAUCACAGGCAGCUGCUGGAAAAUACUGUGCUUUGUGGCGGCACUGCUUCCAUGGGUGGUUUUGAGGAUAGGUUCCAGAAAGAAGCUAGCCUAUGCUCCUCAGCUAUUCGUCCUUCACUUGUAAAGCCCCCAGAAUAUAUGCCGGAGAACUUGACAAUGUAUUCUGCAUGGGUGGGAGGUGCCAUACUGGCCAAAGUAGUGUUCCCUCAAAAUCAGCAUAUAACCAAGGGAGACUAUGAUGAAACUGGACCUUCUAUUGUUCACCGAAAAUGCUUCUGACACUUUCUAUCUGAAUGAUUUCUUAAAUGGUUAGUCAUCCUACUGUACUGUAACUUAUGAUUAUGAUGAUGGGGGAAAAUCAUCAGUUAUGUGGAGUCACAACAUGUAAAGAAAAAUUCUGAGCAACUUAUGUGAUAUACACUCUUGUAGUGGAUAAUUGAAAUCAAGGGUCAGCCUUUUUUACGCCACA